AUGAACAUCGCCAAAUUUCUCGAACACUGGCAGCUGAGCGAGAACCCGUUCCGCGCGGAAGAGGCGCGCCACGACGGCGUGCUGAGCCGCCUCGGCGUCGGCGCCAGCGCGCACCCGGACUUCGAGAAGAUCCUGGGCGAGGUGAGCCGCCCGAGCACCUCCAUCGUCUUCGGCGAGAAGGGCUCGGGGAAGACCGCGAUCCGCCUGCACAUCGCCGAGCGCGUCGCCGAGCACAACGAGGCGAACCCCGGCGCGCGCGUCCUGUUCGUGCCCUACGACGACCUCAACCCGAUGCUCGACGGCCUCCACGAGCACCUCGCGAGCCGGGGCAAGGCGAAGAAAUCCGACCGCGCGACCACCGCGCCGGACCGCGACGCGCUCAAGUCGCUCGAGAAGAUCGAGCUCGUCGACCACAUGGACGCCAUCCUCGCCAUCGCCACCGAUCAGCUCGUCACCGGCCUGCUCACGAAGCCGGCGGGCGGCGACAAAGCGUCGCCGCAGGCCGUCGGGCCGGACGCGGCGCAGCGCCUCCGCAACGCCGAGCGCUCCGUCCGCGACGACGCGCUGCUCCUGCACGCGGUCUACGGGCGCGUCGAGUCCGCGCCGGGUCGCUUCAUCGACCUCCGCCGCAAGAUCGGCGGCUCGCGCAACUGGGCGGGCGCGAAGUGGUCGCUCUUCGCGUACCUCGGCUGGAUCCUUCCCGCGGGCGUGAUCGCGCUCUGGGCGUCCCUCAAGGAGGGCCUGCUCACACGGGACGCCUGGUUGAUCCUCUUCGCUAUCGCCUUCGCGAUCUGGGGCGCCUUCCUGUUCAAACGAUUCGUCGUCGACCCGUUCUUCAUGAAACGCCUCGGCGGACAGAUCGGCGCCCACGUGCGGGUCAACCCACGGCCCGCCGAGUCGUACGCCGCGUGCCUGAGCAUGCUCCCGCCCGCGGCACGCGAGCGGAUCGCCCUGCCCAUCAACCGGAGCGACGAGCCGCGGUACCUCAUGCUCGAGAAGCUGGUCCGCGUCCUCCGCGCGUCGGGGAUCUCCGGCGUGCUCGUCGUGAUGGACCGCAUCGACGAGCCCACGCUCGUCAACGGCGACGCGAACCGCAUGCGCGCCGUCAUCUGGCCCAUGCUCAACAACAAAUUCCUCCAGCAGAGCUCCAUCGGCUUCAAGCUGCUGCUCCCGCUCGAGCUGCGCUACGAGCUGCUCCGCGAGACCUCCGCCUUCUUCCAGGAAGCGCGUCUGGAUAAGCAGAGCCUCGUCGAGCGCCUCGCCUGGACGGGCACGAUGCUCUACGACCUCUGCACCGAACGGCUCAACGCCUGCCGACAGGCCGGCACGAGCCCCAUGAGCCUCCUCGACCUCUUCGACGAGUCCGUCACGAGGCAGGACCUCAUCGACGCCCUCGACCAGAUGCAGCAGCCCCGCGACGCCUUCAAGCUCGUCUACCACUGCAUCCAGGAGCACUGCUCGGCCGUGCCGGAGGACGCCUCGAUGUGGAAGAUCCCGAGGCACGUCCUGGACACGACGCGGAAGCAGCAGGCCGAAAGGGUCCAGGCGUUUUAUCGGGGACUCCGCCCUGCCUGA